AUGGACCAAAGUUUGCGCCUCCGUCUUGUCGUUCGCCGCCAUGGCCUACCAGAAGCCAGGAUUCUCUUCAAUGUACCCCUGGACAAUGACCCAACCAUUGCGCAGCUCGUCGAGCUCGUCAACGAGUCCAUUCCGCUCGAGAGCGACGACUGGGGCCUCGAUGACUACACCGUUGAGCUUCAUGCCAAGGAUGGCCAUGCCUUCGAGUGUCUGCACUUCCAGUCUGUCGCGAGCAUUCUCGAAAAGGACGAUGAAAUCUUCAUCCGACCCCUCCUGACCAACGACCUGAAGAAACGUCGGAUCAGUGGUAGAGACCAGAUCUCCAGCGGCGGCCAGCACCUGAUCGACGGCGUACCUUUCGGCCGUCCACGGCUCAGAGCACCGAGAGGCCGGCCUGCGGUCCACAUUGCCCCAAGAAAGCGGCGGAGGCUGACCUACGAUGGGGACUUCGACAAAGAUGAAUUCGACGAUGACGACCAAGUCGAGACUUUAGAUGGGGAACUGGCCGACAAAUACUACGAAUCAAGGGACGAUCAAGAGGAAGAGGAAGAGCAAGAGGAGGGGCCGCUCCUGCUGAUGCAACACGGCGAGCCUGAAACGAGGAAGGACAGUCGGCGCGUCCACUUUCCCCGCAGCGUAACCGCGAGCGCCGAAUUUGACGAUACAGAUGACCGUAGUGAAUCGAGCGAAAACGAGGAAGACACCGAGGCAGAAGACGACCAGGAAGAUCUGUUUGAGCCGGACGCAGAAGACCUAUGCGAAGAGCUGAGGGGCCUUGCAGAGGAAGCAGCUGAUAAUCAACCUGCCGAGGACCGAGAAGACUCCGAAUGCUCUCGCAGCCGAAAUGAUGGUGCUCAUAAGAGACCCUCAGUCCGGGGGGAAGUUAAUGACUUUGGCCCCUUCACUGAGGAAGACUCUGAGCCUGAAUCCCAUAUGCGGUCUGGGCGAACAAAUGCUGACUCUCGCAAUCGAUCCAGCCAUGAUAUCUCGGACAAGGUCAUUGCGGUCCGAUCUGCUUUCCCGGCUGUGCCAGGUGACGUGUGCGAAAAACUUCUUGUUAAGCACAACCACGACGUGGGUAGCGUAUGGAAGACGCUGGCUCAGCAGCUGAAGCCGCGACUGGACCUCGCACAAACCAUGGUACUGAAUACCCAGCUAGAGUUGCCAAAGGAGGUCAUGGUUAUUUCGUCGCCGCCCAGGAAACCCGCAGAAGCCCCUGGGGAAGUCAGCCGUAUUGGAGACGAGGACGACGCAACGGAUUCAUCUUCCUCCGCUGAAGAGGAUGAGGAAGAGGAAGACGACGAAUCUGAAGCACACGCAACAUCAUCUGAAAGCGAAGACGACGAAAGUAGUGACAGCGAGGGCGAUGCUAGCGCCGGAGACGAUCCCGCUUCGAGACCUCCGUCUGCUGCAAACGGCGCUGACAGCUCCGACUCAAGCAGCGAUGAAAGCGACUCGAGCGAUGAUGAUAGUAGUGGUCCCGGAGACGACGCUGUAAAUCACGGCAAGAAGGUUGAGGGUGGGAAACGGGCCAGCAGUAAUGGAAAUCAAAGCAUCUCCGGCCCAAGGGCUGGUGUCAGAGCCGGCCUAAAUAACCGGCGGCGGCGAAAUGUCAUCGAAUCCUCGCCGGCCAGCAGCCCUGCUAAGAGUAUAAAAUCCAACGGCGCGAAUGGCAAUACCAUGGUUCCCGCUAGAGUCGCUUCCUCAUCAGACGUGACGGAAAGUUCAUCGUCGGAAAGCGGUAGCGAUAGCUCGAGCUCCGACGACAGCGACGAGGACAGCCAGGCAGAUAGCUCGGACUCAUCCUCGGACUCGUCAUCAGGCAGCGACUCAAGCUCAGAGUCAGAGCCGGAGGCAGAAGUUGCCACGCCAUCUAGGGGGACGAGGGCAUCUCGGUCUCAGAACGCGACCACAGCAACGUCAUCUUCCGUUAAGCCUGGCUCUACCUCCGCUGCAUCCCAAUCAUCUGUUCAAACGCCUGUGGCUCCAGGUCAAGGCCUGACCAAGACUCAAAGACGCAACGCACGGAGGAGAAUCCAAAAAGCAGCACAAAAGGCCUCCAGAAGUGUCGAGAGCCCGCAAGUCCCCACUGUGCAAGAUGCCGACUUGAUGGCGAAGAAACAGGCGUUGUUGCAGUCACUGGGUGUUCCCUCAGGUGUCUCAAAGGGCGGUGACAAGCCAGCUACAGACCCCAGUACGGGCACGCCUCUUGGAAACGCGCCAAGGGAUCUGAGCAAGGGGAAAGAAGACACAGAUGCUUGGAGAGAGAAAAUCUCGUACCGUGCGGUAGAGUGCGUUAAUGAAGGAGUAGCGCUGAGCGAGCCCCCGUUUCCAUUCGUACAGCGUUGGGACUCAUCACAGCGUCGUGGCAAGAGGAAGUCGCGAGACGACUCCCAAUUCUAUGACGGAUCCAACCAAAGUCAAAAGAAGCGGAAAUGCGGCAAGUCAUCGAGACAGCUUGCAGACAGCUACAGGGAGGACACGACCAUGUUUUCCUUGAAUCAAGAUGAUGUGACCUUGAACUAUGACGACGAACCCGUCGGUCUGGACCAAGGCAAAAUGGAGUCCAAGAAUACCGGCACUGGUCAUACCCCAACGGUAGAUGAGGAUCUCCCAGCUCUGCCGGCGGACAUGUCUUUGCUCCCUCAACUCUCGCUUGACGACAUCCAGCCUGGACUAAUUAUUGCAUGGAAGCAGCUUUUGCUCACCAAGGCCAAUAAUUGGCAACCGCAGUUGAGCAACUUCAUGACCGCUGUUGUCACCGAAGUUGACGGCAGUGGAGACUUUCAAGUUCAACUAGCAAAGCGCGAUAGAGAUGUCGACAAGGACGAGAAGGAGUAUGAUGAUGAAGGAGGGCGAAUCUACGCAAAAUUCGAAGUGCCAGAUGACGAAGAGGAGGACGAGGAAGCAGACCUGGGUUUUAGAGACAUUUCUUUCGCGGAGAUGAUUGAUCCGCGCAUGGUCCGGCGGCCUUCUCCAUCUACCACUGAGAAUAAAGCGACCCAACCACCGGAGCAAGACGUCGAGGUAGCGGACAGUCAGCCGAUUCGCAAAGUCGAGACCAGCAAUAAGUCAACCAGCUACAGUGAUCAGUCGAAGACCAUGGAUAUUGAGCAGGAUGGACAAGGCGAUAAGGUCAAUGUGACGGAUGUUGACAGCACCGAUGGACCCAUCACAGCAGGAGAGAGCUUUGUUUCUGAAACGAACCACGACAUGAUCGCUGACAAUGAGACCGAUGCUGGAGCCCAGCUUGAGGCCCUAGCUCAGGAUGUGUCCAUAAGCGAAGAACGCCGGUUUGAAAUCAGCCAACUCAUGUCGUCACAGCGAGUGUCAUCAGAAGAAGCAUCAGAAGAAGCGCCGUCUGAAUACGGGUCCAAGGACCCCUCACAACAAGAAGCGCACCUGCCAGCUGUCGCGACUGCCCUGGAUGAUUUCCAUUCAGCCCGUCAGUCCCCCACGGAUGAGCGAGGACAGGUUGAUGGGGUCAUUCAUGAGCGAACUCCUACGCAGGAGGUUUACAAUGACGACCUGCCACACGCUCAGGAUGCAGCGGCACACCUCACGCCGUUCAAAUCUACGCAGAUUUCCCAUGAAGCCAAUGGCCGUCCGACCUCGGCCGGCUCAGCCUCGACUGGUUCUUCGAGUAUCUUCGUUGACUUUGAGCUCAUAGGUUCUCAGCCAGCCAUGGCCAAGUUCAAAGAGCACAUCAAAGAAGAGGCUGCUGGUUCCCAGACCAAUGUCAAGGGCGAACAAGCCUCCCAGGCGCCUCAAGAGAUGGCAGGAAUUCCUGACAUCAACGAAACCUCCUCCCCAGCGAAUACAAGAUCGAGGUCCCCGGAGAACGGCAGAAGCCAGAGCGUUAAUGGCACUCCAGUAUCUCAGCGAAGCCGUCAUUUGACACGUUCGGUCAGGCAGAGCCCUCGGAAUACCAACGACGAGGGAAGUGUUUCUCAGCGAAUACGUCGGAGCAGUCGCCUGAUGGAUAGCAACUCAAGCCCGCCUGUGGCCAAAACGGGGGAAACUGCGAGGAAAGCAAGGAAGCACGGUACCAAGGGGUCGCCCACUCCUAAUGGCAAACCCAAGUCCCUUAUCGCCAGUUUCGACGGUCCUGUAUCCCCGCCAUCACUAUCCAAGCUGCGCCAGAAGCCGGCCCACGCCCUCUCAAGCUCGCCAGGAGGGCCACGAGUCGAUGAGUCCCCGGCGGAAAGGGAGGAUGGAGAGGAUGAGGUACGGUUCGACUCGGACCACGACGACCCGUUUGCGGAGGCUCUGACGGAGAGCAAGAAGAUCGCCCUCGACGAGGGCAACGAGGGCAACGAGGGCAACGAGGGCAACGAGGGCAACGAGGGGUGCCAUGAGGAUGCGAAAGGUGGCGACAACGACUUCUCCCAAGCUCAGGAGAUCCACAUAUUAAGACGUUGA